CUGGAAAAAGCAAAGGCCGAGGCAGAGCCUCAAGCGGUCAUCUCUCCGCCCCUUCCUAAAGGCGCGUGGGGCUGCUGGCGCCGCUUGAUGACGUCACGGUCAUUGACAACGAGAGGUCGCGGCCGUGGCUGCUGUCCCCGUGGUUCCGAGCGGUCGGUGGCUCACGUGGGCUGCAGAUGAAGCAUGUCUAGACUGGGGGUCUUGGGCGGCGCCCAGGCCGGGUUGGGACUGUUGCUGGGCACCGCCGCGGGCCUUGGAUUCCUGUGUGCCCUUUACAGCCAGAGGUGGAAACGGACCCAGCGCCACGGCCACAGCCAGAGCCUACCUAACUCCCUGGACUACACACAGACCUCAGAGCCCGGACGCCAGGUGAGGCCUUUGCGGGCAGUCCCAGGCGAGGCUGGAGAUGGUGCAGUGCUGCCCAGCCUUCCACGAGAAGGGCAGGAGGAGGUGCUGGACCGCCUGGACUUUGUGCUCAGCAGCCUGGCGGCCCUGCGGCGGGAGGUGGAGGAGCUGAGGAGCAGCCUGCAGGGGCUUGCCGGGCAUAUUGUUGGGGAGGUCCGAUCCCACAUGGAAGAGAGCCAGAGAGUGGCUCGGCGGCGGAGAUUCCCUUUUGCCCGAGAGAGGAGUGACUCUACUGGCUCCAGCUCUGUCUACUUCACGGCCACCUCAGGAGCCACGUUCACAGAUGCUGAGAGUGAAGGCGGGUAUACAACGGCCAACGCUGAGUCAGACUACGAGCAUGACUCUGACAGGGAAAGUGAUGACGGGGAAGACGAAGUGAGCUGUGAGACUGUGAAGAUGGGAAGAAAGGAUUCUCUGGACCUGGAGGUGGAGGUGGAGGUGGCUUCAGGCCCAGCGGCCAGAGCCCUGGAGGCUGGAGGCUCCCCUGGCCUGGAGGAUGUGCUGCCCCUCCUGCAGCAGGCCGAUGAGUUACACCAGGGCAAUGAGCAGGGCAAGCGGGAGGGUUUCCAGCUGCUGCUCAACAACAAGCUGGCGUAUGGAAAUCGGCAGGACUUUCUCUGGCGUCUGGCCCGGGCCUACAGUGACAUGUGUGAGCUCACUGAGGAGGUGAGCGAGAAAAAGUCAUAUGCCCUAAAUGGAAAAGAAGAGGCAGAGGCUGCUCUGGAGAAGGGGGAUGCGAAUGCUGAAUGUCACCAGUGGUAUGCAGUGCUUUGUGGUCAGCUGGCUGAGCAUGAGAGCAUCCAGAGGCGCAUCCAGAGUGGCUUUAGCUUCAAGGAGCAUGUGGACAAAGCCAUUGCUCUCCAGCCAGAAAACCCUAUGGCUCACUUUCUUCUUGGCAGGUGGUGCUACCAGGUCUCUCACCUGAGCUGGCUAGAGAAAAAAACUGCUACAGCCUUGUUCGAAAGCCCUCUCAGUGCCACUGUGCAGGAUGCCCUCCAGAGCUUCCUAAAGGCUGAAGAACUACAGCCAGGAUUUUCCAAAGCGGGGAGGGUAUAUAUUUCCAAGUGCUACAGAGAACUAGGAAAAAACUCUGAAGCUAGACAGUGGAUGAAGUUAGCCCUGGAGCUGCCAGAUGUCACCAAUGAGGAUUCAGCUUUCCAGAACGACUUGGAAGAAUUGGAAGUAAUUUUAAGAGAAUAAUCAUAUUUCAGUGGCCUUCAUGACUUAAGGAAGACUGCCCUGCUUAUUAGAUCAGGAAUCUAAGAGUGCUUAAGUGAGGGUCCUGACUCCUGAGCCUGACUGGUAUCUAUAACCAUUCCCCAAUUUCUUUCCUUGCCCACUGGUUAAUUUAUUCUAAUCCCUUAUCUAAUCUGAAAUUGGGGAAGUACUUGAGGCCUGGAUUUCUGUAGUUCUCUUAAGUGAAUUCUUGAAAAACCAAGACUAGCACUGAAGGCUGCCUUUAGCCUGUGAGUGGAUGAACUUCAAAGAGCUAUGGGAACAAAACACAGAACUUGUACUCUCUAAUCUUUUCUACUAAUAUUCAACACCAAAGUAUAUAGUCCUAAAACCAUACACUAUCAGGGUAAAAGGAAAGGUCAUAGCAGCCCAAGAAUAUUGCCCUCUUCUCCCCUAUCAUGUGAAUUCUAACUAUAUUCCUGGGCUGAGGGGCUGGAAUACUUGACUUCCGGAAUAGAAUCCCAGCAGCUUUUAGAAAGGCACAGUGCAUAAAACAGGAGACUGUGAAAUGAUGAUCUGAGGAGUUGCCUGGAAUAUAUUUUGGUACAAACUUGAAAUAAACCAAAUUUGAUUAGAAGUGA